AUUACAUGUGGGAUAAAAUUGUCGAAGCUUAAGAAUGAAAGAAGAGGUGAUUAAUCAAGAGUUGGAUAAGGACCAAUGGAAAUUAGAAGCUCAAGCUAUUAUAAAUGACGUGAAACAACAUGUAAUGGACAUAAAAUAUUUAAUCCGAAUCUAGCCGAAGAUAUCCGAGUAACAGUAAUUUACAAGGACAGUAUCGUAUUUAGUAUAUGAUUUGUCAGAUAAAUUUUGUGAUGGAUACUGCAAUAGAUACGAUACUGUGAUAUUGACGAAUCGCGCGUUCCUAGGAAAUAUCCCUAGGAAUCGAAAGAUCAGUCAGUGCAAGUGGUAAUAUCGGCUGUGUUUACCCCCUCCUUUACGUUCGUUGCUCUGUGUUCCGUUUGGCGUAUUCCACUGUCGAGUUGUGAAGUAACGAAGCGGUUUCGCCGAAUGUGGCGUAUCGUGUGUGCAUUUUAUGAUGUUUCUGAAUGAGUUUACAGUUGAUUAAGUGCCUAAGAUCGACAUAGUGCAUCCUAUUUAUUAAUAUUACAGUAAAUAGUGUGACGAUGUUAAACGGUGAGCGAUGACACGCCCGUGAAAAACGAUAACAACAGCUAUCCUUUGAUUGACCAGAAACGAUAAAGAAAACGCAAUACGCGAAGGACCCUCUUUGUGUAUUUUUUUUGUGACAUUUAUUGGAGAAAACAUGCUUCAGCCAAGAGCUACAUACAUCAAACGAUAGAAAAGAUGAUAAUUUUUUCAGGAAAAAGGAAUGGAUAAUUUGAUGAUAACUACAUCAAGUAAGAAUAGUUCACGCAGUGCAUCACCUAAGAGAAGAAAUAUAUUGAUUUCAUCUCAACAAUUAUCAGCUACUUUGGAACAUAUUCCAAAAAUACGUAAUGUUUCACUUUCCCAAACAGGGGAGGAUAGUACAGGCAGUGGAAGUAGUGGUGGUGAAGGCAGUCUCAGCAUGAAAGGUAGUAGGCAAAAAUCACCAGGAACUGUGAUUCGAGUAGAUGCUAUGGAUGAAUCAAAUACCAAUUUAAUCACUGCCGAACAAGAUGAGUUUGUGCCAAAUAUUCAUCUACCAACUGAUGAUGAUGGAGAACAAUAUCAUGCAACACAAUCGUUCCUAUCAAAUGGCUCUUCUGAGUUAAUAACUGAUGAUGUUGACUCUAAUUCUGCUCGUGUUUGUCAAGCAAUUGAGAACAUUCAAAAUAAAAUUGCUAAAACACGAGAACUUAUAAGAAUAGAACAAACUACACGUGAUGAAAAUGUCAAUGAAUAUUUAAAAUUAGCUGCAAAUGCAGAUAAACAGCAGCUUACCCGAAUCAAAGCAGUAUUUGAGAAGAAAAAUCAAAAAUCAGCGCACAGUAUUUCUCAACUCCAAAAAAAAUUAGAUAGUUACACAAAAAAAUUAAAAAAUUUUGAGUUGAAUGGUGCACCUACAAGUCAUAGACAACCCCGAGAAGUGCUUCGUGAUAUGGGACAAGGACUGAAAAACGUGGGUGGCAAUAUUAGAGUUGGAAUCAGUGGUUUUUCAGGAAGUGUAAUGUCCAAACCAAGAGAAUUUGCACAUUUAAUAAAAAAUAAGUUUGGCAGUGCUGAUAACAUAAAUACUUUAUCUCUUGAAAGUAAUGGCUCGACUUUUUAUGUAAACGAUACACCGCGUGCAGGUAAUGGAGAUAACGCUAGUGUUGAAGAUGAAAAAGCUCAUCAUGGUUCAGCGACACUUCCUGGUGGAUGUAGUUUGGGAUCAACUCAUAGUGCUGCAGCAAUGAAAUUUCCAUCCGAAGAAGGAUCCGAAUGUUCUAGUGUUACAAGCGAAAGCGGACCUGGUAGUAGGGGGCAAGCACACACAUGUCACAAUAGUAAUAAUGCUGCACUUAGUCUCAAAUCUAUUUUCUCAGAGCUACAAGAACAUAGAGAAAAUCUGGAGAGAAUGAAAGAUAAAUUAGAAGGUUUAAAGAGUUUACAACAAGAAGUGACAUAUCUUUCCCAUGCUUUACAAGAGGAACGUUUUAGAUGUGAACGUCUAGAAGAACAAAUUAAUGAUUUGACUGAGCUGCAUCAAAAUGAAGUAGAAAACUUGAAACAAACUAUAACAGAUAUGGAAGAAAAAGUGCAAUAUCAAAGUGAAGAUCGUUUAAGAGAUAUACAUGAAAUGUUGGAAAGUUGUCAAACUAAAAUUUGUAAAAUGGAACAUCAACAACAGCAACACCAACAAUAUGUUACUUUAGAGGGUUUGGAUAAUAGUAAUGCAAGAGCAUUGGUUGUAAAGCUUAUAAAUGUGGUAUUGACUGUGUUGCAAGUUAUUCUACUUCUUGUUGCAACAGGUGCUGGUAUAAUGAUGCCUUUUCUUAGGACUAGUUGUACUAAGCCUCAUUGUUUCAUGUGCAGGGUGCGCAUAUUAACUACUACGCUUGUUGUAUUGGGCAUAGUAUUUGUGCUCAAACAAUGGCCUGAGGUUCACGACGUCGGCAGUCACCUCAUGCGCCAUCUUAAACAGACGCUUGCUGUUAAGUAGCACAUUGGUUAUUCUAGGGUAUAUUUAAAUUAAUCAUACCCUGUAAUGAAGAAAAAUUGUACACAAUGAUCAACAUUUUGGACCUAUUUAUGUGCUGUAGUUUUGGAGCAAUAAUAGUAGGUAUAUGCGCAAAUGACUUUAUUUAUAUUUUAAAUUCGACAUUCACUAUUACUAUAUUAAAUCAGAUGAAUGAUCAAAUCUAUUUGAUACUGUUAACAGAAUUACAAUACAUAAAACAUAUUUUGCUGUGCAAAAAUGUUUCACUUAUGAAGGAGAGAUUUUCUAGAGAUGAUAAAUGCAAACUAUCAUUUAUCUCUUGUGCAAGUAUUAUAAAUUUAUUUACGAUCUUUUUAUUUUUACUUGAGUAAUUUUGUUAAAAAAGAAAAAAUAAAGAGAAAUAUACGUAUUUACUAUUUAAUAUUACUUGCGCGCGAAUAAAACAAAAACGAUUAUAAUUUAAAAUAAAAUAAAAUAAUUUAUAUAAAGUAUGAAAAAGACAGUAAUAAUAAUGCUAUACACUGAUAUUGCUUGAUUACAUACGGCACAUUGUUAAAAGAAUUUACUCUAAUAUCGUGCGAUUAAAUUCAUUUUUACAUGAAUCAUUGAUUCAUUGAUAUGAAAUUAAAAAAAAAUUAUUGAAGCGAAAGUACUGAUUAAAAGAUAAAAAAAAAUUGUUCUAUUAUUAGUGUCUGUGGGAGGUGCUACUAUCAUUUUCGGGAUUGUAGUUCAUACAUUCAAUAUUCUAGUAAUUAAUUUCUAAUUACAAAAAUUAUAAAUAUAUUUUAAAUAAAAUAUUUAAUUAAAAUCGUCCAAUUGCUAAACAAUAGUAUAAUAGUAUAAUAGUAUAAAUUAAAAAAGCAAUAGAAUAUUUAGAUAAUUGUAAAUAUUCUUUAUUUCAAAAUGUAUUAUUAAUUAAAAUAUAUAAUAUAUUCUUUAAUGUUGACAAUGGUUUAAUUUGAUGGAUUGUAGAACUACAUUCUUAUAUAUAAUUUAAGUACAUUCAUGAUACAAUAUAAAAAAAGAAACUAUUUGAAUAAACAUUUAUAUAAUAUUCAAUAUCAAAAGAGGACCAAUAUUUUUUUUUCCUCUUAUUCUAUAAUGUUGAUUUAUUUUAUAUAAAAAAAUACGUCUUUGGAAAUAAAUAGAAUCAUUUAUUAUGUUUAAUAAUUUCAAAUCAUUGUUUCAAACCACCACAGACACAAAUAUGCGUGCAUAUUAUAUUGAAUAUAAAGAAAUGAACCAUGACACAGAUGUUGAAAUGAGAGAAAGACUGAUGGAUUACAUCGCUGUUAUAAUUGUGAGUAAUAUGAUACUUGUGGCAAUUUUAUGUUGCUAUUCAUUGAAAAAGUGUUGAAACGAUAAAAUGAUUGAAAAAAAGAAACCACCAUAAUUAAAAUAGUACAAUUAUACGAAGAAAAAUGAUUCUUAAAUUAAUAUAGGUGCUCAAAUCUACGAGUGUAUAAAAUAUUUUGGUUUACAUAAUUUUUUGAUUUUAUUGUCGUUAUUGGCAAAAUGUCAUUUAUUUCAUUAAUUUUGUAAUUUUUGAUUUCCUCAAGCACAGUGUCAUGAAUUAUGAUAAGAUUUUACAAUUCAAUUAUUUUAUGCAUAUAAAGAAAGGCAAACAAAGAAAUUAUUUUUUGGUAAUAAAUAUUAUCUUUUUAUCUUAAUAUAUAAAGUUUUCUUUAUAUAUAAAUAAUACAUAUAAUUUUUAAUUUGUAUUAAAUUCGAACAUUAGCAUUUUUAUUAUUUGUAUAUGUUGAACUAUGUAAUAUUAUCGUUUCGCUGACUAUUAAAAAAUUACUCGUUAUUAAUCGGUAGAUAAAAUCUGUAAAUAAAAUAAACUUUCUGUAUUUCA